AUGAGAUCAAUGUCUCGUCUUCGCGAUCCAGCAGAAUACUUCUCUAAGGCAAAACAUCGCUGGUCUUAUAAUGAGAAGGACAGGCGUGUAUACACUAACUCUGUAAUGGACCUCUCGCGAAGCAAAACAUCCUCGAGGGAGGCCAGGACCAGAUGGCGUUGCACGGAUGGACCAGGAGAAUUUGCUGGUAAGGAUUACUGGAUCUAG